GCGAAACAUGUUUUCAUAAAGUCCGGUAAUCAUUUUGAUCAUCCAAAGUAACUUAAAUGUUUCAGAAGAGGGUGUGGUUUCUUUUAUCUCAGAAUUUGGCUGAGGAACUUUUGGAUUCAUGGAGAUGUGUUUUUAGAUUUCAUGGGGUUUUAUUUAAAAAAAAAAAUUAAGUGAACCAUCACAUUUGUUAUUUGUCAUGUGUUCUUUUUAAAAAAUAUAUAUAUAUAUAUAUAUUUUUUAUUUAGAAUGCUGGUUGUGUAUCCCCAGACCAAGACCUACUUUUCCCACUGGUCUGACCUGAUCCCCGACUCCGCUCAGGUGAAGAAGCAUGGCGCCACCAUCAUGGCGGCCAUUGGAGACGCCAUUUCAAAGAUAGAUGACCUCAUCAGUGGUUUGGCCAAACUGAGCGAGCUGCAUGCUUUCAAGCUCCGGGUGGACCCUGCCAACUUCAAGGGUUUGGCCAACCGCCAGUUCAUCUCCACCUUUCUGACAGCUUUGGGAGGAGCUCAAGGUUCCCCUUUAAAAGGUGCACACCACAAACCCACAAUCCACGCACAACAAGUGGAACAAACCCCAGCCAAAAUGGUCAAAUGGUCAGACUUCGAGCGUGCCACCAUCCAGGACAUCUUCUCUAAGAUUGAUAAGGAUGUCGUAGGGCCGGCGGCUCUUUCAAGGUGUCUGAUCGUCUACCCCUGGACUCAGAGGUACUUCGGCAGCUUCGGGAACCUCUACAACGCCGCUGCCAUCAGCUCCAACCCCAAGGUCGCGGCGCAUGGAAAGGUCGUCAUUGGGGGCUUAGAAAAAGCUCUGCAGAACAUGGACAACAUCAAGCCGGCGUAUGCAGAUCUGAGUGUGCUGCACUCUGAGAAGCUGCAAGUGGAUCCUGAUAAUUUCAAGCUCCUGGCCGACUGCCUGACCAUCGUGGUUGCUUCCAAUCUGGGGAAAAGCUUCACGCCUGACGUCCACGCCGCUUUCCAGAAGUUCCUGGACGUGGUGGUGGCCGCCCUGAGGAAGCAGUACCACUAGACAGAAGACUGUCACAUGACUUGUUCUGAAAACUCUGAAUAAUAAAUCAAUAAACAUGUGCAGCAACC